AUGACUGAAAGUCAUUCGAUUCGUUAUUGGUUUGCAUUAAUUAUUUCUUCUAUUGUUUCUAUUAUUGUUGCUUUGGUUAUUAUUGGUAUAUCCUGGUAUUUAUUGUGGAAAUUUGUUUUGAUUCGUUUCGGUGUAAUUCGUGCCUUGUUUCAUUCCUAUCUUUAUGUUCGUUCUACACAUAUUCAACGUGAAUCAGUAUGUACAUCAAAUGAAGCUUGGUAUCGUUCGUUGCCAUUUCGUGAAAUAUCUCGAUGCUGGUCGCGUAUUUUGUCUGUUAAUAUUUAUCCUCGUUCUCUAAGAAACCCGAUUUAUAAAUCUUUUUGUCGUAUUUUCGAUGCUGAUAUCAACGAGUGUGAAUAUGGUCCAGAUCAGCUUGAUUAUUAUGCAAGUUUUGGUGAGCUUUUUCGACGAAAUCUUAAACCGAACGCACGACCCAUCGAUAAAGAAAGUUUAAUUGUAUCACCAUGUGAUGGCGAAGUACUCGCCAAUGGCCUUGUAACAUCAGUCGAACUUUUAAAUAUUGUCAUUAAAGGUGUUUCGUAUACAAUCAAAGAUCUAUUUCAAUUAAAUCGAAGUGAAAUUGAACGUUUACAAACAAAACAAUAUAAAUCAUCAUUAUUCUAUGCUUGUAUUUAUUUAAAUCCUGGCAACUACCAUCAUUUUCAUAGCCCAGCGAAAUGGAAAAUUAACGAACGCCGGCACAUCACAGGAGAAUUGAUGAGUGUUCGCCCUGAAUUUAUAAUGUGGAUUCCAAAAUUAUUGUUACUUAACGAACGUGUCGUUUAUUUGGGUGAAUACGAAAAUGGUUUAAUGACGCAAACAAUGAUCGGUGCAACAAAUGUGGGUUCUAUUGAUGUUUAUUUUGAUGAAACAUUAAAAACGAAUAAGAAAUUAGAUGAUUAUACGUUUCGUAUGUGGAAAGAAAAUUUUCCAGAAUCAAAAUCAACUCAUUUCGAUAAAGGAGAACCAUUUGGAGAAUUUAAAUUAGGUUCUUGUAUUGUAGUUAUAUUUGAAGCACCGUCAACAUUCAAUUUUGUCCGUCAUUCCGGUGAUAAGAUUCGUGUUGGAGAGCGAUUAUAG